GCCAGCCAUUGAACGUUCUGGAACUGCGUUCCCAGCCUCUAUUGCUGCCAUUCACCGGAGAGACUGAGCUCCCAACCCCUGUUGUUGCCAUUUGUCGGUGGGACUUGACCACUUAGCUACACGCCAGUGUACUCCUGCACAGCAGAGUCAAGAGUUGCAUCACACCUGCAGUAUCAGCUGCACAUUUCCAACAUGAAAAGCAUAAUUUUAUCUGCUUUAGUCUUCUGUUUUUUCCUUCUGGUGCAGGAACAGGUGCAUGGGGAAAGAAAUGUAGCAAAUCGUCAGGAGGUAAAUGGUCAAGACCUGCUGACUCAGAGAAGAAGAGAUACAGGUACUGACAAACAUGGCGGGAAAAGUGUUGGUCACGGCAGAAUUGAAGAAGUAGGAACAGGUCGCCGAGACAAGAAUGGAGGAAAACCUGUUCCUUCCAAGAAAAAAGAAACUAAAAAUGUUAAGAAAUCGUUAAAACAUCGAACUAAAAAACAGAAAACGAGUUUUCGCACCAAGAAUGGACAAAAGCGUCAUGAAGGGCAGAGGAGGAAAAGUUCUAUCAAAAGGAAAGGAGAAAAACGUCGAGGAAGCAAGAAAGGCAUAAAGAAUAGUGUAGAUCAACCCAUCAGGAGUAAGAAAAAAACUAGUCGCACCAAGAGCGGAAAGAAAGAUCGCGGAGGCAAGAAUAAGGAUAAACUCCAACGUGGCAAACAACGGCGGCAGAAGAAGAAGAAAGAUGGUCGCGUCAAGAAUGGCAAAAAGGUUUUCACUGUCAAGAAGGCUGCUAAGGGACGUGACAAGACUGAUAAAGAAGUUCCCACUGCCAAAAAGAUCGUUAAGGGACGAAAAGUUACUACAGAGAAAAAACAAAAGAAGAAAUCAAGAAAAAAUUUAAAAGAGUCGAAACACAAAAAUCGAAAGACAGGCGGCCGAAAACAGAAAAAAAAUAAAAAAUCAAUGAAAACAAACUCAAAGAAAACAAAACCCCGAAAAAAUCAAAAUGAGAAGCCUGCGUCAAAUAAACAAAGGAAUAUGAUGAAUGGGAAGAAAGCUAAGAAAGUUAAAGGCAUUAAAGUAAAGGGGAAUAAACACAAAAAGAAGCAAAACAAAGCUAGCAAGAACCAGAUGAAAAGUAACAAAAAAACUAAGAAAAACCUUAAAACCAUAAAUAAGGACAAACGCAAGAAACACAAAAAUACCAAGAAGAAUAAAACCAAAGUUAAAAACAGCAAGAACUCUAAAAAAAACAAUAAAAAGCCCAAGAAAAGUAAAUCCAAGGCGGGUAAGAAAGGUGACGAGCCGGCAGUAAAGGAGGAAGGGAAGCAGUCUGACGGGAGGAAAGGUUAUCCAGCUUCGGGUGAGAGUCAUGGUGACGAUUUUGACUCCAAAAGAAAGUGCAAACCUCACAAAAAGUGUACUCAAGCCGGCGGGAAGUGUCAGAAGAAAAAGACCUGCAAGACUAAAGUUGUCGCUGUCAAGUGCAAGGGGAAGUCGUGCGAGUGUUGCCUCUUACCUUGUGCACUGAAACCCAAAAAGAAGUGUAAGAAAUACAAGGGCGUGUGCAAGAAGAAGUGCGGGACGAAGGAGCGCCAGAUAGCCAAGGGCUGCUCCAAGAAGAAUUGCGUCUGCUGUGUCAAGGCUUGCAAGCCAUUGAGCGCCUGCAAUGUUCUUGGUGGUCACUGUGUCGACAAUAAGAAACUCUGCACAGGAUUGAUAAACAAAAAGGGCUGCAAGGGAACCAACUGUCUCUGUUGUUAUCCAGCUUCGACAACAACCCAAGUGUCAAAUGCAACAACCUCAAGAUCAUAUACAACUAUUGCAGCAAACUCAACUACUGCAACAAACACUAUAACAACUUCAACCAACGUGACAACAUUGGCAACCAGUGUGAUAACUACUGCAGCCAACACGACAACUACAGCCAACACGCCGACUACAGCAGCCAACACGACGACUACAGCAGCCAUCACGACGACUACAGCAGCCAACACGACGACUACAGCAGCCAUCACGACGACUACAGCAGCAAACACGACGACUACAACAGCCAACCCAACGACUACUUCAGCCAACACGACGACUACAGCAGCAAACACGACGACUACAACAGCCAACCCAACGACUACUUCAGCCAACACGACGACUACUAUAGUAAAUACAACAACUACUGUAGUCACCACAACUACAGUGAACAAUACAGCAUUACUGGCUAAUCUCACUUUGCAACUCAACCUGUUACUCGCCACUCUAAACGGUACAACUAAUAUAUUAACAACAUUGCAAGCCCUUCAAGUUCAAAUUAAUAACAUUAUUACCACAAUUAACGCAAUACUUGGAGCAGGGAGGAGGAGACGCAGCACCUCACAAGAAAUUCUGUUGAUCCAAUAUAUCAUCGACAACACAACAGACGCGUUGGCAAAUAGUGACUUUACCUCUGCCAAUGGUUUCCUUCCCCAGCUAAUUGUGGCGCAGACCAAAUUAGCCCAGAUAUUAUCAUGCGCAGUUAAUCGGUCGUUGUUAGUCAAUUCAGGCCUGCUAACAAGCGCACAGUCUGCUCUAGUCAGCGUCAACAAAGCUAUAUUUGCUGCUAAUACACAGAGAAGCAGUACGGUCGACCAGAUCAACACCGUUCAGGCACAGAUCAGCCAACUCGGAGGAACCACUGUGAUUGUACCUACCAUCUCGCCCCUGAUAAUCACCCCGGAGUCCUUGGUCAGUUGCCAGUUAACAACCUCAGCACCAAACCCAACUACUCCGAGUACCAACAUAACUACUACAGCCAUCAUAACUUCUACGGCCAACAAUUCAACCGUCAAUGCAACAUUGGCGAGUCUCACUUCGCAACUUAGCCAACUCCUAAGCGCCUUAAAUCAAACAGACAACGCUAUUACAAAUCUUCAAAUCCUUCAGAGUCAGCUGGCUAGCCUUGUGGCCGCAGUUAACGCAUCGAUAGGAGGAGGAAGAAGAAGAAAACGCAGCCCUGCAGAUGAAAUCAUCAAGAUUACAACGAUCAUCACACAAGUUCAGUUAGUGAUAAAACUAGGUAACAUUGACGCAUUAACUUCAUUGAACGGGCAACUGAUAACGGCGGUGAUCAUAGCGACUACAAUAACACAAAGUAUUAUUACUAAACAAUAUAUACCCGAUGAGACCUUUCGGACGACGGUGAUAACAACUGUUACCGAUAUUAUUAGUAUCGUCAUAGAUGCAAGAACUCUGAGAGCCACUAUAGUGGAAGAAAUCACAGUAGUUCAGGUGAGCAUCAGCCAAAAGGGAGGAACCACGGUAACUAUACCUCCAGCCCCACCAACCCAGACAAUCGUUCCCACGGAAACACCACUGGCAACAAUCCCAGUUAGCACACCGCCUCCAGCAAUCCCGAGUACCACUUCAGUUUCAGCAUUCCCCAUUCUAUCAACCACAGGAACUGCACCGGGUUCUUCAAGCCCAGGUUCUCCACAGGGUACAACAGUACCUGGUACUACACCUGGUCAAACAAGUAUAGGUACUUCACCAGGCCCAACAACCUCUGGUGGUACAACAGGCCCAACAUCCUCUGGUAGUAUAACGGGUCCAACAACCUCUGGUGGUACAACGGGUCCAACUGCCUCUGGUGGUACAACGGGUCCAACAGCCUCUGGUGGUACAACGGGUCCAACAGCCUCUGGUGGUACAACGGGUCCAAUAACCUCGGGUGGUACAACUGGCUCAACAUCUGGUUCUAGUUCAACCUGAAAAGUGUAGUGUAUCAAGCUCAACGACCUCGAGUUGUACAACCAAAAAUGAACGGUAGUAUAGCUAUCAGCUAACAGUACUACAACAGUAAGUGAAACAAUUUAGAAGACUACAACAAGAAAUAGAAAAUCUUCAGUGAUUACAACCGGAAUUUCAAUAAGAGUAGGGAAUAUCAGCAUAAUAUACGGAAGUCAAAUGUCACUUAUUAGUAUGAAUGAUACAAUAUAGUUAAUUAGCUGUUUUAAUAGUUUUCUUCGGCCAUACACAUUAACACAUGUUAAAAGCACACAUUGACACAUUUUAAAGGUAUAUAUCAGCACCUGUUCAAAGUGCACAUUAAAACUUGUUAAAAUAUACGUUAACAAAUAUAAAAGCAUCAUAUUAACAUAUGUUACAAGUACACAUGAACAAUGUUAAAAGUACACAUUAAUACAUUGUAAAGGAAACAUUAACUCAUGAUUAAAUUACAUGUUAACACAUGUUAGAAGUACAAAUAUAAACAUGGUAAAUCUACACAUUAACAAAUGUUAAAGGUAAACAUUAACACCUUAAAAGCAAGAUAAAUAAAACCAGAUCUUUAAUUCCAUAUUAUGACACACAGAUUUGUUUAAUGAAAUGCACAAAUGUUAAUUCCUUAUUAUGUAACAAAAAAAUUCGUUUCAAAUGCAUUUUCGUUGCAAACUGUGAACUGACAUAUUUGAUAGUUUUAUGUAAUGUUUAUAUCAUCACUUUGAUGAAGUAUUUCCUAAAUAUCACAUUCACAAUCUGAUAUAUUAUAUAUAUUAAAACUACUUUCUUAUCAAGUUAAAUGUAUUUAUUCAAUUUUAUUUUAUCACAUGCAUAUGACUGUUAUACACACAAGAUCGGUCCGGUAUUGGCCUUUUGAGUGCUGCACUGAGCAUUUACACACAAAAACUGUUCUGGACAAGUAAACUCUACAGAACAA